AUGGACAGCGUGAUGACGUGGGGAUGGCAGGAAUACGGAACUUCCGAACUUACCCGGACCCAGAGGAACGCUUCUGUUUCCAGACAGAUCCUGUACUCCUCCGUCAUCGUUGCCGCUGCUCUUGCAGUCUGCACCGUCCUCAUCGCCACCGCUGAUCUGAGAGGAUCCAGGACUGCUCUCUACCAGCCUUACAGGCCCAUGAUGAUCAAGAGAGGUCAGAUCCUCUACGGCCUCGGGUCCGGCCCCGAGCAGGACGGAGAGAACGCUGCUGCUGUUGCCUUCGGGACCUUCGACGGUCUCCAGGACUCUGAAGGCAACGACAUCAUCCCGGCCGCGUUGGGAGAGGACUAUUACGUCCCCCAGUUUGAGGAGAUCGCCGAGUCUGCCGCGGUCGAGGAGAACAUCGCCGAGGUGACUGGUGCCAUCAGCGAGGCCCAGCAGGAGCACAAGCUCCUCAAGACCUUUGCCGAGGGCGCUGACGCUCCUCUUGCCUGA